CGAACGUCCUUCGUGUUCAGGCCAGCGGAUAUUUUCAGGCAACGCACGAAACGACCUGCAUUUGUCCGGCCAUCUAAAUGCCGGACUUACCGUUUCCAACUUUCCUCGCCCAUACCACGAUCGCGAUACCUCCGUCAUUUCGUCGCCAGCCUCAGGCUUGACCUGGUCUUCUUCCGCUGUUGCUAUCAAAUAGGAUUGUAUCAAACCGACUGCAUUCGAACUUGACUUAAGCUGCGGCUCCGCUAUACCGCCAACAUCUAUUCUCGAUCGACGACUACCCUCGAGCUUACAAGAUAUCCACUGCCGUCUUUCCUCCCCAAUGCCUAGAGACGACACCAGUGUUUCGUUAUCUCCGCACCGACGACAGCUUCCGGCUUGUCCGCCUCCGCCUUCGCCCUGCCGGCCUCGCCUGCGAUGCUGGGGCAGCAGGUGCCUGUACGCAAUUUUCCUUUGUUGACAGCCAAGGUCCUCGAUCCGUGCCUGACGGCUUCAAAUAAGCACCUGCCUGUAGUGCGGUCCGCACGCUCUCCCCGCACGCCCCUCCCGCUGCCCCUCGCCCCUGGACACCUCUUCUCCCGCUCAAAGGGCCCGCCGCCGCCGCCGCCGUCGUCGCAGGUGGAUCGUGCGCCCCGAGCGCUCUGCGUGCGUCCGAGAGGUCGAUGCCGAUGCCUUCGAGGCCGUCCAGCAGGCUCUGGAGCGCCGCGGGCGGGACGGCGUUGCAGGCGAGCGCGCGCGCCAUGUCGUUGCGGACGCCGUCGAGGUCGCCGCGCAUAAGCGCCACGCGGAGGACUUCGAGCGGACCUAUGCGCGAACUGGGCGGCAUCUCGCUUUCUCCUGCUUUUUGGUCUUGGUUGGAGCUGUUUUGCUGUUUGGUGGGUUAUAUCAGGGAUCGUCGCGGAUAGUGGAGCGCGGAUGCUCUUUGUACUUUGUGGCUGUGCGAUCGCAAAAUUAAAUAUUCAGGGCCGCGGAUAUGUUAGUAUUUCGU